UGUUUUAACAAAAUUAAGGGUUAGAGAGCCGUUUAUAAAAUUCCAGAAUAGUUAGGGUUGGAAGGGAGCUCUGGAGAUCAGCCGGUCCAACCCCACUGCCAAGGCAGCGUCCCUGAUGCAUCCGGGUGGAUUUGGAAUGUUUGCAGAGAGGGAGACUCCACGGCUUUCCAGGGAAGCCUGCAGUUCACCUGGCUCUUGGCAAGACAUCUGAUACUGCACCUCUGAUACUGCACCAGUGAAAUACUCGGUCCUGCAACAAUACCUACAUAAAAGCUUGGCUGUAAUAAAUUAAGCUUUUAAAAAUCGUAAUUCCUGAAAAUGGAUUUUCAGUUUAAUUUUGCUGUUGAUGAAAAUGAGAACAGCGAGGCUGACGCUCACUUCUUAUUGCUGUGCUCUCCAGAACACAAGCAGGAAUCUACAGAAAAGAGCAGGGAAAGUGCUGAUCUUGCAGCAAAGCCCAGCCUGAAGCUGGCUGCUGCCAAGCACCAGGAUGAGGCAGCUUUGAAGAAAAACCUCUGUGUGAAAGCUGCCAAGGAGCACAGCAUUCCCCAAGAUCUCAACAAAGUAUUGGAAAAUAAAGUCAUGGAAACAGUAUUGGGCCUGUCUCAUGUAAAGCUGUCUGUGGUGGAAAGGACGUGUUCAGGUGAUGCUGACAGCGAAGGCAUCGUGUCCAAAAGCGUUUCUUCUCACUCUGAUCUCAUCCCAGGAGUCUAUGAAGGAGGGCUGAAAAUCUGGGAAUGCACCUUUGAUCUCAUGGACUACCUGACUGAGGCUGAGAUAGAAUUUACCAACAAGACUGUACUGGAUCUUGGCUGUGGGGCUGGAUUGUUGGGAAUUGUUGCUUUGCAGGGUGAAGCUGCCAGAGUCCAUUUUCAGGACUACAACAGCACAGUGAUUGAUGAAAUAACCUUGCCUAACGUGGUGGCCAACUGUAUCAGUGAAGGCAGGGGUGGGAAGGACAGAAAAGCCAGCAAGCCUCCUUCAAAGAGGCCCAGGAAAGCAGAGAGCUCACCUGAUGUGCUCAGCAGAUGCAGAUUUUUUUCUGGAGACUGGUCUCAAGUCAGCCAGCUCCUGUCAAACAGCAAACCCUGUCUGAAGUAUGACAUAAUUCUCACCUCUGAGACCAUCUAUAACCCUGACUACUACAGUGCUUUGCAUGACACACUGGCUCAGCUCCUGGAUGCAAAUGGCCGUGUGUAUUUGGCAAGCAAAGUGCAUUAUUUUGGGGUUGGUGGUGGUGUCUCUCUCUUUGAGAAGUUCAUUGAAGAUAAAAACGUGUUUAGAACCAGUUUGGUUAAAACAAUUGAUCAGGGCCUGCAGCGAUGCAUUAUGGAAAUUGCCUUUAAAAAUUCCUGUUAAAAUUAAACUAAUGAUCUUCCAAAAAAUAACUCAAAAAUGUUUUAACCCUCAUGUCUCUCUUUGCUUUUUCCUCUCUUUUUCUGGUUUAACAAAUUAAGGAUGGUGGUUGUGGAAAUGUUUGACAAAUUCUAGUGUUUGACUAGAAGGGAGAGACUUUUCUCACAUUAACUCUGCAUAGAGUUCUGUUUAAAGCAGCAUCUUUUAUGAUAAUUAAUUUAUACCUAAGAUUGAGCAAGUCAUUGUCUCCAGCCAGGCUUUCACAUUCUCUGUCAGCAGCAGAACUGUACAUCACAGGAAUGACAUACAUGACAUAUUGUGGCUGAAUGAGGUAAAUUAACAUCCAAAAUUAGUGCAAGAGGCUUUUCUCAAUCUGCAGCCAGAUUCAGGCAGGGACCACACUCCUCUGAGCUCUGCUGCUUUGCCAGCAGAGGGAGUUGUGAUUGUAUUUAUCACUCGUGGGGAUCUCAGAAAUCCAUGUAAUAUUUCCAUGUAUAAUGCACACAUAACUUAUUCAAGCCAUUUAAAGGGUGUAACAAUGUUAACCAGUGUAGUCUGUAAAUUUUUAUAUUUAGAUUCUGUCACAGGCUAAGAAAAUUUCAGCAAGGAAUUAGGAAAAGCCAUGCUGGUUUAGAAGCUGACUUGAAAGAUAAGUUCCUUCUACCAACCAACAAGCCUACAAAUGAAAUACUGGAGGAUGAUGAACUGAGCUUUAGAGAUAAUUGGAAAAGGAGAUAAACUAAGCUAUUACAGGAGUUUAAUAGAUUGCUGUACUGUUUUAAACAUGA